AUGAAUCUAAAUCUUUUUACUUCUAUUUCUUCUUUAAAAUCUACUAAAGAGGUUCUUAUUAUUUUAAUCUAUUCUAAAAUAUUAGCUUCUUUAUUUAAAAAUAAUUCUAUUACUUUUUUUCAUAUAAUUUGUAGUUUAAUUUUACAAUCUAAUUUAUUUAAACUUAUUAUAGGAAAAAAAAAUUUACUAAAAUUUUUACAAUUAUAUAUAAAAAAUAAUUUCAAACAGACUCAAUUAAAUUAUAAUAUUUUAUUUUCAUAUACUUUAUUUAAAUUUUUUAAUAAUUUAAAUAAAUCGUUUAUUAAUACAUGGAAAUUAACUAUUAAUUUAUUACAAUAUAAUUCUAUUUUAUUUAAAUAUAUAUUAAUUUAUUUAUUUAAAGUAAAAUCUAAUACUUAUAAUUUGAUUAAUAGUAUAAUUUUUAAAUUUAAUGAUAAACCUAUUAAUAAUUUAUAUUUUAAUAAUUUAAUUAAACCUUUUAAUUAUAAAUCUAAUUUUUAUAAUAUUAUUAAUAGAAAAUCUGAUUGUGUGUAUUUAUAUGAAAUUUUAAAUCGUAAAAUUAUACGUAAUCCAAUUUUAUUAGGAGAUUUUGGAAUUGGAAAAAAUUCUAUUAUUAAAAAAUUUAGUUUUUUUAUAGAAAAAUUUAAAUUAAAAUUUAAUAAUAUAACUAAAAAUUUAUGGAUAUUAAAUAUUGUUACUUUAUUAAAAUAUAUUAAAACUAAUAAUUUAUAUAUUAAAAAAUUUUUUAAAUUUUUACAAGAAAAUAAAAAUAUUAUUUUAAUAUGCCCUAAAAUAGAAAUAUUAUUUAAUACUUAUUAUACUGAUUCUAAUAUAUAUCAAAAUUUAGAAUCAUAUUCUUUUUUAUUUAAAUUUUUUAAUUAUAUAAAACAAAAUAAACUUCAAUUAAUAGGAUUAAGUAAUAAUAUUACAGAUAUUGAAAAAAAAUUUAAUAUUAACCAAGAAUUAAAUUUUUUAUUUGAAAAAAUUUAUGUUAAAGAACUUUCUAAUAAAGAAAUUUUUAAAAUUUUAUUAAAAAAAAGUAGUUUAUUUGAAAAAUAUUAUAAUUGUUCUAUUUCUUUUAAAAUAAUAAAACAUAUUUUAUAUUAUAGUCAAACUUAUAUUAAACAACAUAAAACUUUAUUAAAAAGUAUAUGAUUAUUAGAUAAUACUUGUUCUAAAAUAUAUGUAAAUCAAAAAUUUCAUUUAUUAAAAAAUAAUAAUAAACUUGCAUUAUCAGAUAUUCAAAAAACUUUAACAAAAUUAAUAAAUUUAUCUACUAAUUUAUUAUUUAAUAAAGCUAAUAAAACAAAUUUUGAUAUAAUAGCAUUAAGAAAAAAUUUACAAAAAUCUUUAUUUGGACAACCUACAGCAAUUUCUAAAAUUUUAAUCUCAUUAAAAAGAGUUUUUACAGGAUUAAAACAAAUUAAUAAACCGAUUGGAAGUUGGUUAUUAUGCGGUCCAAGCGGAACAGGAAAAACUGAAUUAGCUAAAUUAUUAGCUAAAUUUUUAUUUGGCUCUGAAGCUGAUUUAAUUAGAUUUGAUAUGAGUGAGUUUAUGGAAAAACAUUCACUUUCUAAAUUAAUUGGAGCGCCUCCAGGAUAUGUAGGAUAUGGAAAAAGUGGACUAUUAACUGAGGCUAUUGCUAAAAAACCUUUUACAGUUUUAUUAUUCGAUGAAAUUGAAAAAGCACAUAAAGAUAUAAAUAACCUAAUGUUACAACUUUUAGAUGAUGGAAAAUUAACAGAUUCAUUAGGAAAAUGUGUAGAUUUUUCAAAUACACUUAUAUUUUUUACUAGUAAUUUAGGGUUUCCUACAAAUUCUUAUGAAUUACAAUUUUUAAAAUCUGGAACAAAACUAUCAAAAAAAAAUUAUAAAAUUUUAUCAAAUAAAGUAGAAUCUGCUAUACAAAGUUAUUUUAAACCUGAAUUUCUUAAUAGAUUAGAUGAUAUUAUAAUUUUUAAACCAUUAAAUAUAAAUUUUUUCAAAUAUAUUAUUAAUAAAUUUUUAAAGAAUAUUUAUUUAAAAUUAUAUAAUAAUCAAAUACCAAUCUUUUUAGAUAUUGAUUCUAAUAUUAAAACUUUAUUAGCAAAAUUAGCAUAUCAUCCAUUAUAUGGUGCACGCCCAUUAAAACGUUUAUUAGAAUUAAUUAUUGAAAAACCUAUUAGUGAUUUACUUAUUAAUUUUUCUUUUAAUCGUAUUAUUAUUUUCUCAAUAUUUUUAAAUAAAAAGACAUUUAAUAUUAAUUAUUCUUUCAAAAUACUUAUAAUAAAUGUUCAUUUUCUCUUCUUGCAAAUAUAG